GGCCGGCGACGCUACAUGUGCUCGGCGUGGAUGGUGUCAGAGGUGAUUUGGUUGUUACGACGGGCAGGUCCCGCGUCCCUGUUCGCAGCGGCCUGACACACGCUCUCGGCGGGGCGGGGCGCGAGGCGGGCUUGUAGUGGGCGGCGGAGGGUGGCGUGAGCAGCUGGACCUGCAGAGAGAGAGAGAGAGAGAGAGAGAGAGAGAGAGAGAGAGAGAGAGCGUGGCGCUCCUCUGGUGACCUGUCGUCGCCUCAACUCUCCACGCCGUCACCUCCCCUCGCUCCAGGGUGACGGGCGCCGCGGGAGGCCAUGGGCUGCGGGGAGACUAUCCGCCAGGAGCUGCGGAUCGCCAACUUCAAAGUCAAUCAUCCAGUGCCGCACCUCUUCCUCGCCUCGGAGUGGCAGGAACACCCGGUGGCGUGCGUGCGGCUGUGGUAUGUGGUGUACCGGUGGAUGUGGGCGCUGUACCAUCUUGGCUGGUGGGCGGUGAGCUUGGCACAAGAGGGCGGCUGGAAUGCUCCCAUACAGCGGAAGGGUUACUUCUUCAUCUACCUCACCAACUGGGCCUACACGAGUAUAGUGUUGAUGACGACAACACACGCCAGCAUCGUAACCUACUCCUGGCUGACCUACCGCCGCACUGCACAGCUGCCCAAGACCACCACGCUGCGUCUCAAGGUGUUGUGGGUGAUGCAGAAUGUCGUCUUCCUGCCCGCCCUGCUCAUCACCGCUGCCUACUGGAGUGCUGUGUACAAUCCAGAUGACCCAAUCGGCGCCAUCAACGUGGACGUGCACAUCAUUAACUCGGUCUACGUCCUGAUCGACCUUUGCGUCUCGGCCACGCCCAUUCGCAUCCUGCACUUCUACAUUCCUUUCGUCUUCAUGUUUACCUACCUCAUCUUCACGUUGCUUUACUGGGCAGCGGGAGGCACCACGCCGGAGGGAGGCACCGCCAUCUACCCCAUCAUGGACUGGGAGAAUUUACAAGUGACUCUUCCCUUCGUGGCUUGCUGUGCCAUCUUCAGCCCCGUCAUGCAGGCCACGGUGUGGGCUGUGCAUCUGGCGCGAGUGGCAGUGCGGGAACGAUGCUUCGGCAACCGCUCUUCCCUGGCGCCCCUUCCUCACCCAGCCACUAUGGACGUGAUUCUCGGCCGCGACGCCUCCAUGGAAAGUGUCAAUGCGCGCACCCCGGAUCCUGUCAUUUCCAAUAUAGUUUAGCUGGAACCUGUCAUCUCCCAGACUGUCCAGUUGGCGACUGUCAUUCACUAGACUGUCCAGCUGGGGACAGUCAUCCCCAAAACUGUCCAUCUGGCGCCUGUCAACGCCCAAACUGUCCAGCUGGCGCCUGUCAACGCCCAGACUAUCCAGCUGGUGCCUGUCACUUCUUAAAUGGGUCCAUAACUACUAGUCACAAGUGAAAUAAUUCUGUGUCGUGGCAGGACAUGAAAUGUGACAAAUCUGUGUGUUGUAAUGAUGUAUACGAGUGUUUUGUUAAUGGAUCUUUUCUUCUUUCCUUUUACCUCAUUCUCCUAAUACCUCUUUCCUUAAUUUGUGUUUCUUAUUCCUCUCUCCUGUUUCUUCAUCCUUACCUGGCUCACCGUAAGCUGUCUCCUGUACGCCAAUACCUGGCAAAUCCAACCAACCCUCAAGGACCUGUGUGUUUAUUUAAGUCAGAAGGUCUGAGUGGACGCUCGUAAUUAGGUUGAGACUUAGGUGAGCGGCGAAGCUGUGAGUCUGUGAAGGUUAGGUUCCUAUUUCCUAUGAAUGAGGGAAGGCCAACUCAUUGCCAUCACAACAGACUCUAAUUGCUUCAUUUGUGCUUACAUCUGAAAGAUCCCGUAACAAUGAAUGAUAUUUCCAGACUAAAUAUUACAUUACUGAAAACCUCUUUACAUUCUACUACAUUAUCUUAAACUAUCAAGUGUAGUGUGUGAUGUACAGAAGUAAAACUACACACGUCAAAACAAUGUUCAUGUUGUGACGCUCGACACUGGCUGCCUCGGUCUUUCACUGACGUUUCAUGAUAUAUCGUUUAACUACCUAAUUUUACUUAAAGAUCAUACUGCAUUUCUCGGCAUGUUCAGAGGUUAUCAAGUAACGCUGGUUUGAGUUUAGAAAUGCCCUUCAGUGUUAAGGAGUCGACAACCAUCUGGCGUAUGCUCAGAUGAAUCGAGUAGCAACAGCAAUUGCGAGCUCCUGAACUUCACGCUACAGUUGUACUUUUGUUGCCUCAUCCCUUUAGCUUCACGGUAGGACAAACUGUGAGGAUGCCCUGUGCUAGGAGGAUGGUAGUGAAGGGUGUAUAGCAGUGAAGUGAGUGGCUGCAGGGUGGUGGUGAAGAGUGCUACGACGAGAACGCCAUGUUGUAGAAUGAAAUGUGCAGUGCUGGAGUGGUGAUGACGGUAGUAAGGUCCAGUGAACAACUAUAGUGACGAUAGUGGGAUGAGGCUGUGGCUAUUGUGGUAAGGAAGUCAGCGAGGAAAGGUGUAAAGAUAAGAGGAGAGGUGAACAGGCUAGUGCAGUGUGGCAGCAGUGGUAAAGUGAAAGUUUAGCGGCAGGGAAUCUUAACACUCCCCAGCGUCAUUGAACACAAGUUACUGAUGCAGGAGUUCAUGGGAAGUGCUUGGAACCAUCAUGACAUUCAUUGAUGAGUGACAAUUAUUUGUUAUCUAGAAAGAGGUUAUGCUAGGUAAGCUUUUAUUGUAUGUAGUAUGCCAAAGAAUACAAUGCAAGAUGGACAUGCGAUGGUUAGUACCUGAGCAUUCCGUAUUUCAUGAGUACUUCAGUAAAGGUCAGAUUGUCAUCAAUUUCUCUUUCUCCGUGAAAAGUACAAAGUUCCCAGGGGGAAGGUCUCUUAGUUAUCCUUCCCCUUCCAGUCACACAGGGAAAUGCUUGCUCCUUCUGUAAAAGACGGGAAGACUAUUAAACACAAAACAAAAUUCAAUAUGAGCAUAGUGUGGCAUUUCUCUUAUAUAUAUAUAUAUAUAUAUAUAUAUAUAUAUAUAUAUAUAUAUAUAUAUAUAUAUAUAUAUAUAUAUAUAUAUAUAUAUAUAUUACACACACACACACACACACACACACACACACACACACACACACACACACACACACACAGUAUGUACACAUAAAUACAUAUAAUGGUUGCAACUGAUAUUCGUGUCCUUUACCAGCAACAGUCAGUUGGGGUAAGUAAAUGUUAACAAAGAAAAUAGGGAAUAAUUGAACAACGACAAAGACAUCUAUAUUUCGUCCUCCUGGUUAUAGUUAUCUGCUUCAUUCUUUGCUUUUUCAAUAUUUAUUUUAUUUUCUACUUUCUAAUCGCGACUCCCUGUUGUUGUAAAUAUUACGGCACUCUUGGAGGAAGGUCACGCCAUCUCAGGACACGGAAUGUUUUGUGUAUAUUUAGAUUUUUCUCUCUUUUUCUUCAAACCCUAGACCUCCAUUUCUGGUAAGAUUAUAAUGAGAGCAUUGUUCAUCAAUAAUUUUUCAUUGAAGAACAUGUGUGGGUCAGUAACAGACUUAAUUCACACAUUCCUACAUUCUGGCUGGAGUCACCGAGAGGUGCUGGUGGUGCAGACACACUCCGCCAAUCUGAUCUGAGGGAACUGCAUGUGUGAGACUGAUUGUUUUAUGUAUUUUGUCUUACUUAUUCAGUGAUUUCCAAUGAUUGCCUAAAUGUGAGCCUAAGAAUCCACGACGUGGUGUUGUGUUGUGUCUGAUGUUAUGAGGGAGUGUUUACUUCCUCCUGAUUGUGAGUGUAGGCGAUGGCUGACAACCUUCUGUUCACCUGAAGCAGUGCAAUGCGGUAGUCUGGUUUCCUUUCACGUGCUAGUCAACACAGUGACCUCUUGUGACAGUGUUUCUAGGUUACUUUCUCGCAGUUCAACUUUGAUCUCGAUUGUGAAAUUUUGCAGUGUGGAGUAUGAAGGGCGGUGAGUGAUGUGAAUCAAGGAAAGUAUUCGUACUAUGGUAUCGGGUGAGCGUUUGGUCAGGACCGUUGCCCACGGUCGUGUGUCCGUGGUGCCGAUGACGGCAGAGGUGGCGAGGCUGUAGAGACCGGAGAGCGUGUACGUAUAUUACUUUCGGUUGUCAAGAGGGUCUUGUUUGUACUGUGUUUUGUAUGCUGGUAAAAAAAAAAAAAUACAUGUAGUUAAUAGGAUGAAUA